AUGGCCGUGCAAGGGACCGAGGAUGUCUACGCCAGUCUUCUUCUGACGGACACAUACCUCCCUGGUGCCCUGGUGCUGGCCCAUUCGCUCCGCGAUGCGGGCACCACCAAGAAACUGGCCGUCUUGGUCACCCUAGACACGGUGUCUGCCGAUGUUGUGACACAGCUCAAGGCUGUCUAUGACUAUGUCAUUCCCGUUAGCCGCAUCCAAAAUGAACAUACCGCAAACCUGGACCUUAUGAACCGCCGGGAUCUUCAUUCGGCUUUCACCAAAAUCAAUCUCUGGAGGCAGACUCAGUUCCGGAAGAUUGUGUAUGUGGACGCCGAUAUCGUGGCCUACCGAGCACCGGAUGAACUCUUCAACCUACCUCACCCCUUUUCCGCGGCGCCAGACAUUGGGUGGCCAGACCUAUUCAAUACUGGUCUCAUGGUCCUGACUCCAAAUAUGGGUGACUAUUACGCCCUGACGGCCAUGGCUCGGAGGGGCAUUUCCUUUGACGGCGCCGACCAGGGCCUCCUGAACAUGUACUUCAAGAACAGCUUCAACCGCCUAAGCUUCAGCUACAACGUUACGCCCUCAGCUCACUACCAAUAUGUGCCUGCCUACAAGCACUUCCAGUCUGGUAUUAAUAUGGUUCAUUUCAUUGGGCCUGAGAAGCCGUGGUUGCAGGGCAGAGAUAUAACCACUGGAAGCUCGCCGUUUGACCAGAUGGUAGGCAGGUGGUGGGCGGUUUAUGACCGGCAUUACCGCAAAGAGCCAUCACAACCAGAGCAAGAAGUCCCAGCGAUCGUGCAGUAUUUCGUCAAAGGGGAAUUCCAGCCUACUAUCCGUUAUGUUGUCCCCGUUGGCGAACCUCCCAGCGAUCAACUAGCACAGCAGUAUCCCCAGCAACAGCAGUAUCCCCAUCAGUCUUAUCCCCAUCUCCAGCAGCAGCCUCACCAGCGUUCUGACGAUCACCACCAACAUCAUUAUGAAUCUCAGCAUCACUCACAUACUCACUUUGGGGCACAGACUGAGGUUCAAAAAGCCCAGGCACCGCCGGCCCAGUCGGAGCAUAAGCCCGAGCCUCAACCCCAACCAGAGAUGGCACCAAGCUGGGACGCUCAGCGGCAACCUCCGCCGCCCGGCUCAAUGCCCGAGGCCAUGAACUUCCCACAGACGCACUACACCAUGUCGUCUGAUACGGCCCCGUUCGUCCCGCCGGAGCGUUAUCCUAGCCCGCCCAAGAAUAUGUGGUACGAGGUCCCAAAGCAGGCACCGGCGAAACCCACGGAGAAGCCCAAGCCGCUUUUCCCAUGGGAGUCUCAUCGACCACCCCCGACCCGCGUGUUCGCGCACCUGACCCAACCCGAGCCGCCCGCACCCGGGCCGGCGCCCGUGAGCGCCAGCGAGGAACAGCCAGGUUCGCAAGUGCAACCCGAGCCCUCCACCACGGCGACGCAGCCGGGCGAACCGCACACGCCACCACCGCCGGUCCCGGCCUCCCGCACCGCGCUAUCCGCUCCCACGACGACGGACAUCUGGUCCUCGUUCCCCCGCACCAACGCAUGGGAUAACGUGCCGGAAAUCAACCGCUACGUCGACCGCAGGAUGCAGAAACAUCGCCGCACGCGCAGCGAUAAGAACCUCGCCCUGGGCGGCAGCGGGGGCGCGGGAGCUCCCGGUGGAGGCGGCGGCGGCGGUGUCAGCGACUUUGCUACGCCGCGGCGCGGCUCCAAGGUCACCGACUUCCCCAGCGAGGACGACCGCCCGAGCCUACCUGUCACGCCGGCGCCGAUUCGAAGGCCAAGGCGUUGGGUUGCUGGUGGUGGGGGCGGUGAACCUGGUUGGUGGCCUCGGCUGGCGGAUGACGGGGGGGAGCAGCUGCUUCAGGGCGCCGAGGGCGUGCCGGGGCCGGCUGACUGCGGGAUCCUGCGGCGCAGCUGCGGAAAGCUGGCCAUGGAGCAGUCCGGAGCUGCUGCUCCGGCGGCUCCGGAGCGGGCGAGGACGGUGGUGCUGGUGGUGCCGGGGUUGGUGGGGGGGUUUUGGAGGGGGGGGAGGAAGAGGGCGGCCCGCGCGAUCCCCCCUGGCGCCCGCUCCCGUUUGGGUCCCGAGGGCGUCAAGGUCCCCGACCUACGUCGCGCCCGGCGGCCGCCGCCGCAGCUCCGUCAGCCCGAAGCCGGUAAAGCCGACUACGGGAGCGAGCCCGGUGAAUCGAAUCCUGGCGGCUGCGCCGAAAAUUCUGCCGGAACAGGAGCAGGAGGGCACAGCUGGUCCGAUCGCGGCGCCGAGCUAUCAGGGCCCGGGCCCCGCGUUCGAGAAGGGCGAGGAUAUCCCCACGUUUGA